AGUUCCAAACACCACUCACCACACAAAACUCCUCAAAACUUCACUUUGUUUGAACUGCUUUGCGUCGAUAAUCUAAUUCAAUGGCUUCUUCUACAUGCGCUCUCUCCCCCUCAUUCCGCUCACAACUCACUAAAACCACCCUCGUUGCUCCACUCCCUCUCUAUCAACGAAGCAAGUGCGAAAUGAGCAGAAGGGCUUUCGCGGUUAAGGGAAUUGUGGCUUCCGGCGUUUCCGUCGCCGCUUCUACUCUCACCGCCGAAGCAGAGUCGUCUUCCAAAGGUUUUGAGAGAUUACCAUACAAACCGGAAGGGUACAAUUAUUGGACAUGGAGGGGUCAUAAAAUUCACUACGUUGUGCAAGGAGAAGGCUCUCCCCUUGUACUUAUUCAUGGUUUUGGGGCCUCUGCAUUCCACUGGAGGUACAACAUUCCAGAAUUGGCUAAGAAACACAAGGUAUACGCCUUAGACUUGAUUGGAUUUGGGUGGAGUGACAAAGCACUUAUCGAGUAUGAUGCCAUGGUUUGGAGGGAUCAAGUGGUGGACUUCGUGAAGGAAAUAGUAAAAGAACCAACAGUUUUAGUUGGAAAUAGCCUUGGAGGAUUUACUGCUUUGGUUGCAGCGACUGGGUUGCCUGAGCUUGUCAAUGGUGUUGCUCUACUAAAUUCUGCGGGACAAUUUGGCGAUGGGAAAAGGGAAAGUAAAACUUCUGAAGAAACACCUCUACAAAAGCUUGUCCUAAAACCUUUGAAGGAAAUUUUCCAGCGUGUAGUUCUUGGAUUUUUAUUCUGGCAGGCAAAGCAACCAGCUCGGAUUUUGUCAGUCCUAAAAAGUGUGUAUAUAAAUUCUUCCAAUGUGGAUGACUAUCUUGUGGAAUCUAUAACAAGGCCAGCUCAAGAUCCAAAUGCCGGAGAAGUUUAUUACAGGUUAAUGACACGCUUCAUGAUGAAUCAAAGCAAGUACACUCUAGAUGCUGUUUUAAGUGAACUCUCUUGCCCACUGUUGCUGCUUUGGGGUGACCUUGACCCGUGGGUUGGUCCAGCCAAAGCUAAUCGAAUCAAAGAGUUUUAUCCAAAAACAACUCUUGUAAACUUGCAGGCUGGGCAUUGUCCACAUGAUGAAACACCAGAGCUUGUGAACAAGGCUUUAUUGGAUUGGUUGACCACCCUCACUCCUGAAGUGACUCUUCAAACGGUUUGAACGUGUAUAAUUUUGUAAAGCCAAUCAAAAACAAGUUCUUGAUUAAGUUUUUAGUUUCAAGUAGUUCAAUAGUAUUUAUCAGCAUACGUUCUGUACAAAGAACCGGGUAAAUGAUAGCCGGGAUAGAGGAAAACGAUAGCAAGAAUACAUUAUUAUCACCGUUCUGCAUACCUGUACAUUUUUCAAGAUCAUGUAUGCAUUCAUUUCUUACAUAAAACUAUUUGGUUAAUCAACUA